AUGAGCAUAAGGAAGCCAGCCUGCCUGUUCCUCCCCCUUCCUAAUCAUAGCCUUUACUCACAGACAAAACUCCCUCCCUCUCUCAUUCACUCACUCACUUUAGGCCAAUCCGUCCUCUCUCUCUCUCUCCCUCUCUCUGUGUCUCUCUCCUACUCUGAGACAGAGUCAGAACUCUUCUCCCUGACAGCCACAAACAUCUACAGCACUUAUUGCAUUCAGAGAGGGAACCUGCAAACAAAACUUCACAGAAAACUUUUGGUUCUUGUUCCAGAGAAUUUGCUGAAGAGAAGGAAAAACAAACAAACAAACAAACAAACUAAACCAGCCCCCAAAAAAACUGUUCGUGAAGGGGGAAGAAAAGCGGGGCCUUUUAAAAAGGGAAUCACAACAACUUUUGCUGCCAGGAUGCCUUUGCUUUGGAAGAGAGGAUUUUUGUUGGCGCUUUGCUGGAUUAUAGUGAGGAGUUCCCCAACCCCAGGAUCCGAGGGGCACAGCUCAGUCACUGAUUGUCCAUCAUGUGCCCUCACCACGCUCUCAAAGGAUGUGCCCAGCUCACAGCCUGAGAUGGUGGAAGCAGUAAAGAAGCACAUACUGAAUAUGUUGCACUUGAGGGACAGACCUAAUAUCACCCAGCCAGUGCCCAAGGCAGCACUUUUAAAUGCCAUCAAAAAACUCCACGUGGGGAAGGUGGGAGAGGAUGGUUAUGUGGAAAUAGAGGAUGAUGUUGGAAGAAGAGCCGAAAUGAAUGAAGUUGUGGAGCAAACCUCAGAAAUCAUUACUUUUGCAGAAUCAGGCACAGCCAAGAAAAUGUUGCACUUUGAGAUUUCCAAGGAAGGCAGUGAAUUAUCGGUGGUGGAGCAUGCUGAAGUGUGGCUCUUCCUGAAGGUCUCCAAGGCCAACCGGAGCAGGACAAAAGUUACCAUCCGCCUGUUUCAACAGCAGCACCAGCCAAAAAGCAAUUCUGAAGGAGCAGAAGAUACAGAGGAUGGGGGACUGAAAGGUGAAAAGAGUGAGAUUUUGAUUUCAGAAAAAGCAGUGGACACCCGUAAGAGCACUUGGCACAUCUUCCCUGUCUCCAGCAGUGUCCAGAGGCUCCUGGAUCAAGGCAAGAGUUCUUUGGAUGUGAGGAUUGCCUGUGACCUGUGUCAAGAGACUGGAGCCAACUUGGUGCUACUGGGCAAGAAGAAGAAAAAGGAAGAUGAUGGGGAAGGGAAAGAAAAGGAAUUUGGAGAAUUCACAGCAGAAGAGGAGAAGGAGCAGUCACAUCGGCCCUUCUUGAUGAUGCUUGCCCGGCACUCAGAGGAUCGCCAGCACAGGCGGCGGAGACGAGGCCUGGAGUGUGAUGGCAAAGUCAACAUCUGCUGCAAGAAGCAGUUCUUUGUCAGCUUCAAGGACAUAGGAUGGAGUGACUGGAUCAUUGCUCCUACAGGUUAUCAUGCCAACUACUGCGAAGGAGAGUGUCCCAGCCAUAUAGCAGGCACAUCUGGUUCAUCAUUAUCUUUCCACUCCACCGUCAUCAACCACUACCGCAUGCGGGGCCAUAGCCCUUUUGCCAACCUCAAAUCAUGUUGUGUGCCCACCAAGCUCCGGCCUAUGUCCAUGCUCUACUACGAUGAUGGCCAGAACAUCAUUAAGAAAGACAUACAGAAUAUGAUUGUGGAGGAGUGUGGCUGUUCAUAGAUGCUAGUGUGCACAAGAUCCUUCUUGUUAAGAAGAAGAUGUAACAAAAGCCCAAGAAGAGAAAAGACCAGACAUGGUAUAAUCUUUUUUGAGUGAAAAAAUCAUCAGAAAUAUAAACAAAAACAGAAGAGAGCAAGAAAAGUGAGAGAAAUAAAAACAAAA